AUGAGCUCCGUAGCACAGCUAUUCAAGAACAACCCUGUUAACCAUGACCGCAUCAUCCCACUAGACUUCACCAACACCAAAACCUUACCGGAAUCUCAUGUUUGGUCUACACCUGAACUCGAACCUGAACCCAUGACCCGACCUAUUCCAGUCAUCAACAUAUCCAGCCCUGAGAAAGCGCUACUAAGACAUGCCUGUGAGGAAUGGGGUGUGUUUCAUAUCACAGACCAUGGGGUCCCGCCCUCGUUACUCCACAACGUUGAGUGCCAAAUGAAAAGGCUUUUCUCUUUACCCAUGCAUCGUAAGAUCCUAGCUGUCCGAUCACCAGACGAGUCAACUGGUUACGGUAUGGUUCGAAUCUCCAUGUUUUAUGAUAAGCUUAUGUGGUCUGAGGGAUUCUCCAUUAUGGAUUUCUCUCUUCGGCGUCACGCUACACUCCUAUGGCCCGAUGAUCAUGCCGAGUUCUGCAAUGUGAUGGAAGAGUAUCAGAAGGAAAUGAAGGAUUUGAGUCACAGAUUAGUAAGAAUGGUGAUGGGUUCGUUAGGACUAACACACAAAGAAUUGAGAUGGCUUGUACCGAACAUAACUGGUUCAAGAACCAACUCGAGCCAAUCUUUUCUGCAGUUGAACUCCUAUCCGGUCUGCCCUGACCCUGGUCUAGCCAUGGGUUUAGCCCCUCACACUGACUCUUCCCUACUGACCAUCCUCUAUCAAGGCAACAUUCCAGGUCUAGAGAUUCAAAAUCUACAGGCAGAAAAGUCGAGGUGGAUUGGAGUGGAGCCAAUGGAAGGAGGUCUUGUUGUCAUAAUGGGCGAUUUGUCUCAUAUCAUAUCAAAUGGACGGUUCAAAAGUACGAUGCACCGUGCGGUGGUGAACAAGACGCACCACCGUGUCUCAGCCGCCUAUUUCUCUGGCCCCCCCAAGAACCUUCAGAUUGGUCCGUUAACUGCCGACACGGACCAUCCUCCUCUCUACCGCCGUUUGACAUGGGAAGAGUACCUUGCAGCCAAAGCAACACACUUUAACAAAGCCUUGACUUUAUUUCGUUGCUGA